GUUUAAAUAAUUUUUAAGAUUUUACCACGAAAUGUGUUUUUAUGUUAACCCGUAAUGUUAAAGUUGUUAAAAAAUUAAUAAGAAAUGGCACAUCACUUAAUAGCACAAAUUAUUAUUGUUGGAACGCAAGUUCUUGGACGAGCAUUUGUUCAAGCUUAUAAACAAGCGGCAUUAAAUGCAACAUUAAGACAUGAAAAAAAGGAUUAUAUGUCAUCAGAAGAAGAUCCUAGUUUUUCAAUGAGAAAUUUAUCAGGAAAAAUGGGUAUUACGGCUAACGAAGCAUGUCAAAUAUUAAAUAUAAAAAAAUUGCCAAUAGAGCUUUCAGAUGUAAUAGAGAGAUAUGAAUAUUUACAUAAAAUAAAUGACCCGAAAAAUGGAGGAAGUUUAUAUCUUCAAAGUAAAAUUUUUUGGGCUAAAGAACGGUUAAAAGGGGAUAUUUCUGGAUCAAAAGGGGACUAAAUUAAAAAUUAUUAUUAAAUAUGCAUUUUAGUAUACAAAAUAGGGG